UUAUUCACCCAACAUCUAACCACAUUUUCUUUCGUUUUCCAUUUUAGCACCAGUUGCUUUGGGACAUUCAAAGAAACGUUUUUUCUGAAUAUAUAUAUUUUGUGGUAAUAUGUUAAUAUAAACUAACCCUAGGGAAUGACAUUAGACCCCACAUUUACUUGGGAUUUUUGUUUGUUUUGCUUUGAAAAUUUUGUUCCCUGCUACGAUGGGCGUCUUGUGUUAUAACUUAUAACAUUCCGCGUUCUCUGUUUCUUCAUUCAAUCCAUAGCACGAUUAACAUUAUUGCUUCAAAUUGUCGCGGUAUAAUUCAUUGUAACUCCAUAUCGGAAAGGAAGAUCUUCGAGCCUUUCUCUUUUAGGUAUUGCCAACUCUCUCUCUCUCUCUCUCUCUAAUUUUGUUAUAAUGCUAUCUCUUUGCGCACAACCUGUUUGAUAGAAGGCCUCAAACAAUUAGGCAUGCGUUACAGCAUUUCGUUUCAAUCUCUGGUUUUGGAAUCGCAUUGUAACAUACUAAUUUUAAGUCUGUCCUGCGUCAGAUAGAUAUUCUUCUUGUCAAUUUGUUUCUUUGAUAUGAGUACAAUUAGUAAUCAUACAAAUAAGUUAUAUCUGGGAUGGUAUAUAUCAAUUAGAAGGUACAGUUCAAGUGAACCCAUAAGUGAAAUUUCAGAUGUAACGAAAAAGAUAUAUAAACUCAUGAUGUCCACGCCAGCAGUAACUCUUGAUACUGCAUUGAAUCAAAAUGGUAUCAGGGUUUCACCAGAAAUAGUUGAGAAUGUUCUUAAGAAAUUUGAGAAUGCGGGUAUGGUGGCGUAUCGGUUCUUUGAAUGGGCAGAGAAGCAACGCCACUAUACGCAUAGCAUUAGGGCUUACCAAACCAUGAUAGAGUCUUUGGGCAAGAUAAGACAGUAUCAAAUCAUGUGGGAUGUUGUGAAUGCCAUGAGAAGUAAGAGAAUGCUAAAUGUUGAGACAUUUUGCAUUAUCAUGAGACAGUAUGCUAGGGCUCAAAAGCUGGAGGAAGCUGUUUACACGUUUAAUGUCAUGGACAAGCAUGGCGUGCCCCCGAACUUAGCUGCAUUCAAUGGCUUGCUUAGUGCUUUAUGCAAGUCCAAGAAUGUGAGGAAAGCUCAAGAGAUAUUUGACAGUAUGAAGGACCAAUUUGUUCCUGAUUCUAAAACAUUUAGCAUCUUGAUUGAGGGAUGGGGAAAAGCUCCUAAUCUACCUAAGGCGAGGGAAAUUUUCAGAAAAAUGGUUGACAUGGGUUGCAGCCCUGAUAUCGUGACUUAUGGUAUCAUGGUGGAUAUUCUUUGCAAGGCUGGAAGGGUCGAUGAAGCCCUUAGCAUUGUUGGGAAAAUGGAUUCCACCGUUUGUAAGCCAACAUCUUUUAUUUAUAGUAUACUGGUUCAUACAUAUGGAAUAGAAAAUCGGAUUGAAGAUGCUGUUGAUACAUUCCUACGGAUGGAAAAGAAUGGAAUCAUGCCUGAUGUGGCUGUAUACAAUGCCCUUAUUGGCGCUUUUUGUAAAGCAAACAAAUUUAAGAAUGUGUACAGGGUCCUGAAUGAUAUGGAUUGCAAGGGUGUGAAACCCAAUUCAAGAACCUUUAACAUCAUUCUGUCUAAUUUAAUUGGAUAUGGAGCGACUGAUGAGGCUUUUAAGGUAUUCCGAAAGAUGAUCAAGGUAUGCAUGCCAGAUGCAGACACGUAUACCAUGAUGAUAAAAAUGUUCUGUGAAAAGAAUAAUUUAGAGAUGGCUCUUAAUAUGUGGAAGUACAUGAAGAAACAGGAAUUUGUUCCAAGCAUGCACACUUUUUCAGUGCUUAUAAAUGGAUUAUGCGAGAAGGGUGAUGCUUCUCAGGCUUGUGUCUUGUUCGAAGAGAUGAUAGAAAAGGGAAUUCGGCCUUCAGGUGUGACGUUUGGAAGGUUAAGGCAUUUGCUUAUAAAAGAAGGAAGAGAAGAUGUAGUGAAAUUUCUCCAGGAGAAAGUAAAUGUCCUUGUCAAGGAGCCUUUAUGGGAUUGAUGGACUGUUUUUGCUCAACUAAAGGCUGCUAACAACGUUGAUCCAGCAAUGAGAAGAUUAUUCAUAGAACUAUUCAGUAUUUAAGAGAGAAGAUCAUUUUUGCAGGUGAGUUUUUAUUUAGCAUUGAUUUUUGGGAAUACUGCUAUUUCUGAAUACUAUCUAUAACAGUUUAACUUGAGUGCUAAAUUAAAGAGAGGAUUCACAUGUUCAAUUGAUCCCAUGCUCUGAAUUUCACAUUCAUGUAAUUGCCAGCCAUAUACUGUGAUUCUCCAUUAUUAAAUGUUUCAUUAAUUUAAUGGGACUCUCUUAAGAAUAUCAUAAGCUUAUUACAGGUCAAUUGUUAUACACGUCAAGCUUCAACUAUUGAUAUUCACAAACACACAGUUAUGCAUGCCAUCAUCAAUUAGUACUUGUACCAAUGUAAUAGAUUAAAGAAAUUAUUUGACUAAACAAAUGGCAAAAGGAAUUAUGUGCGGGGGUCUGGCCUUGUAGUUUACCUGCUUGUUGCUUCUUAAAGUAGGUGCAGAUAGAAAUCUAAGGAAAUGAAGCUAAUGGAGUCCAAUAAUUAUUUUUUUGAUCUUUCAUCAAAGAAAAACCUGCUACUUAUUGCUGGAAGUGUCAGGUUAAAAGGAGCUUUGACAGCUCUGGUGAAACACAAGUUCUAGCAAUUAAUGGAGAGGGAUGUAAUACACAAUGGUUGUAUUAUUUGUGGCGAAGGCAAAAUUGAGGCUACUCAUAGUUGACUUGGUUAGGUUCAGCGAUCAAACAAACUGAUCCUCCUCAAUAUAUUUGGUCAUGUAAUCCAAGGACAGUGAAGCAGUUUUCUAUUGAUAUGUUUUGUGCCUUCAAAGCCUUCGCAUUUUUUAGAUUUAUGAAAUUUGGUUACAGAACAGAAAGUAAAUCAUCCCAUUGAUUAUUUCGAUAUUUUUCAUGAUGUCAUUUAUAUUCA